AUGGCUUCUUCACUGGCUUCCGACAAGCCUAGCUUGCCCGCACCUGGCGCAGCGCCGUGCGACCCGUUUGUCAUAACCGACAACACCACAACAACACCCGCGCAUCACCGAUAUUCACAAUACGACCACGAAUUCUUUGUCACUGGUCCUGCCUCACCAGAAUCCGCGAAAAGAGCUCUCGCAGCUCAUCUGCAAGAGACAGAGCGACGUCUUGAAGAGGCUGGCAAACUUGGUAAUGCCUUGGUUGCCCAGCGCAAAGAGCUCACCGAACAGCUGAAGGAGAUUGAGAAGGUGAACAACGAAGAGGAACUCUCACAAGAACUCCGAGAGCGAAUGGUCGAUAUCGAGAAGGAAUUCAACACAUUAACUCGAGAGUCCGCACGGAAUUUGUUGCCGAAACAGAGGGUUCCCAGUAAUGAGGCCCAUCCUAGUUCUCCCUUUGCGCCCGAGAACAAGGGGCCCAGAGUGCGAUCCGUCAGCCCUUCCAAGUUUGAGAUCCAAGCAACGGGAUCCCCUACAAAGCUCACCGUCCCUAAUCGCAAGGUUCGCAAUCAACCUUCCAAUCGAGUCCACGAUAUCGAAUUCGCCACCGAGAUCAGUACUUCGCUCAUUGCCCAGGUUCGCAAUCUCCAAGGUGUCCUUGCCGAAAGAGAUGAAGAAAACAAGGAUCUCAAGGCCGCCACCGCGCGACUUGAGCUUGAAGCGGAGGGAUUUCAGCAGCGCUUCAAGUCACUCGAUGAAAGCGAGAAUCGAUACAAGGAGGAGAACUGGAACCUUGAAACCAGGCUGCAAGAGUUAACAACUCAACACAAAGAGGCGCUAGACCGCGAGAAGAAGCUUACACAAUCUCUCAACGUGAUCAAGACGGAAAAGGUCAACGCACAGCGAGAACUAGAUGAGGUCAAGGUGAAUCACGCACGAUUGAUUGACCAGCACGCCGCUGCUGUCAAGCAGCAUGAUAUUGAACUUGGUACUGUCAGGCGCAAUAUCGCAAUGGCAGAGGGUGAGCGUGCAGCUAUGCAGCGCAGGAUCGACGAUCUUACCGGCCAGAACCAAGAACUCGCCAGGGCCUUCGCAUCCCAACGCCGAACAGUCAGUGAACUUGAACCCACCAUCCGCGCCAGCGAUGACGACCUGGAGUCAUCUACCGACCACCUGACUCCGGAACACUCACCUCCUCAAUCACCGAUGAAGGGUACUCCUCGUCAUGCUAUGCUUGAGACUGAGACUAUGAAGUCUUCUCUGCACCACGCUCAACGCACCAUUCAGAGCCAGCGUGGUCUCCUUCACCGCGAGAAGACCGAGAAGCUUGAGCUGCGACGCAUCAUUCAGGAUCUUCGUGAUGAUCUAGAGAAGGCACGCAGCGACCCUAGUGAACCUAAGCCUCAACGACCACGCCGCACUAAGGACUCUAAGGAAUUUAAGAAGCCUCCUCGUCUGCUUGGAUCAUUCCGCUCCAGCAGACAAGAAGUAAUCACCGAUGACGGCGAGUGGGAGGAUCAGAAUGAUGUUUCCCCUCGUACUUCCGUGUCUCCUUCAAUGGCUAGGGCAUCUUUGGCCAACAGUAGUCACACUGUCCUCCCAAGCAUCGAGCUUCCUGAUCCCACAGACACUGAGCAAUUUGAUACUGCGAACGAAGGCGGCGAGUCAGCCUUCGAGACGGCCAAUGAGCGGGCCACCGAGACUGAGGACUUCCAGACUGGGAAUGAGGAGAUGUCGGGCAGCGACGAUACUGAAACCGAGGGCACCACUCGAGGCUUCGGCAGCAUGCGAAAUGCUCCACGACUUCCCGCCGGCGGCUUCGUUCGUCACGGCAGCAGCCACUCAUUACACAGCACCGCAUCGACCUCAGCUGAUGAGGAUGACGUCUCAUACUCGAAGACUCCUAGUGGUACUAUCAGAUCUCAGAGAAGCACCCGUUUCCGUAUGAGCCGUAGUGUCUUCAACCGCUCCAGACAAGCAAGUGAGGAGCCCGCCUUCCAAGGCAGCCCUGCCAGCUUUGUGGGUAGUCGAGACGGGACACCUCAGGCUGGCCAAAGUCUGUUCGCUGAGCUUCAAGAUUUCGAUGGCAGUGACGACGACUCUGCCGGACCUGGCACACCCAGUCGCCUUCGUGCUCGCUCUAUGACCCCUGGCUCCAUUCGCCGAGGAUCGUCACCACGACCCGCAGUUCCUCCCCUGCCCAAGGUCAUCAUGGUGGAUACAGGUGUUAUGACAGAGCCUGUCAAGAUCGUGCCCAGACUUGCAGGCUUCGACUCAUCGCAGAUGGUCACAACUGGUGUGAUGACAGAAGAUGGAGAAGAGCACUUUGCUGAAUCACCUGUUAGUGUGGUGACAGCGAACCGACCGGCCUCCAUGCAGUCAGCCAUCGGCCCUGCUAGCCAGCGUGCACCCCCGUCUUGGCCCGUUGACUACGCCUUCACUGGUUCCCGGCCUGUUUCUAUGGCCUAUAGCGACGCUGGCGCCCAGCACGACCCCGACAUGGAGGAGAAACUGGCUCAGUUCCCUGCUCCUCCCUCCAUGCUCUCUCCCAUCCUCCCUCCUAUCUUGAGCAUGUCCUCAAUCGCAUCUGAGGGUGUUGAGCCGAGGGAAGAGAUUGAGACACCGACAACUCCUUUGGCUCUGAGCUUCACACCCCUCUCCAAUCAGAGUGUUGAGCCACUGGCUGAGCCUGAGGUUCCUCUUCCGGAUCUGACGAUUACGUCGAUCAUUUCUGAGCACCUCGAGCCCCGUGCUGAGCCUGUUGUUCUUCCCCCUGCUCUUAGCAUAUCUACUAUUGCCGCCGAGCACUUGGAACCUCGAGCAGAGCCCGAGAUGCCUCUACCUGAUCUCUCAAUGACCACCAUUGUUGCCCAGCAGGUUGAGCCACUUGCUGAGCCCGAGGCCCCAGCCCCUACUUUGAGCCUCUCUGCUAUCUCAGCCAGCUCUGUCGACCCCAUUGCUGAGCCUCCCAUUGAGCCAGUCAUGUUCAUGCCUCCUCCUCCGGCACUGUCCAUGUCUUUGAUUACCGGUCAACACGUUGAGCCUCUUGCUCCCAAGGGUCCUGAGCUCCGCAUGUCCGGUAUCAAGGGUGAGUACAUUGAACCAAUCGCCGAGCCUGCCGAGCCUGUGCCCGAGCUCCUCUUGUCCACAAUUCAGAGCGAGCAUAUCGAGCCGGUUGCAGAACAAGAGUCUAGGUCCAUUGUACCAGCUAUCACGCUGCCGUCUCUGCCCCCUGCUCCCGCCCUGAGCUUCUCCGUCAUUCAUGGAGAGAAUGUCCAGCCUGUCGCCGUGAAGGCACCCGAGCUUGCCAUGUCCAGCAUCGUAGGCGAGGCUGUUGAACCUGUUGCCGAGCCCAUGGCUAAGGCCAUCACCCCCAAACUCAGCAUCUCGUCGAUUCAUGGUGAGCAAGUCGAGCCAGUCGUCGAACCCGUUCCUGUGCCUGUUGCACCUGAGCUUUCUAUUUCUACUAUUAAGGGCGAGUACGUUGAGCCAACUGAACUUCCAGUUCCUGAUCUGGCCCUGUCAUCCAUCGUUGUUGAGUCCGUUGAACCCGUCAGCGAGCCCGAGAAGGUCGUUCCCACGCCUUCGCUGAACAUGUCGUCCAUCUACGCAGAAGACUGCGAACCAAGAGAGGAGUUACCCCCUACUCCGACUACGCUCGUCUUCUCUGAUCUGUCGACCCAAGAUGUUCAGCCCGUCUCUGAGCCUGCGCCGUCUCUGGCUUUCUCUGGCAUUACUUCCGAGAACGUGAAGCCCGUUCUCGAAGUGGUCCCCACCCCACCAACUUUGGUUAUGUCUUCAAUUGCUACCCAGGGUGUUGAGCCUAUCAGCCCCGUUCGCAAGACCUCCGUACUGCCCGCCUUUGGAUUCUCAUCUAUCGAGUCUGUCGAGACCAUGCCUAUCUCUCCUCGAACUCCCAAGAGAGAAGGUUUCGUUCUCCCUCGCGAUAUGACCUCUCCUUUCAUGGACCGAGACGUUCCUCGAACUCCAGAUAACAAGACAGCUCAUAGUGGUGAGGUUGACCAAGGCUCAUCACCUCUUAUGGCUGAGGAUGAGAACGCACAAACACCCAGCGAUACACCCGAGCCCGCCACGCCUGAUUCCCAGAGGCCGUUCGACAAGCCCGUGGUCAUCAUGAAUGAUCAGGGUGCGCAAACCUCCCUCACUGCUGAUGCUAUUGAUGCCAUGCUCAAGGCUCGUGCUCACCCAGUCUUUGGACUUGAGAAGAAGCUUUCAAUGACUAGCCCUGAUACUCCUGCCACCACUGGCACUACUGGCACCGUAAGAAUCCACCGACAUGACAGUUUCGAGAGUCCUGUCCGACAGGAGAGGGAUGAUGACGUCUUUGACGCAACCUUUGCUCAACGUCCCGGUAGCUCCAGAAGUGGUAUGGCAUCCAUGCACGAAGCUCCUCCUCUGCCUGCCAACCACCGUCAAGUCAUCGAGGCUGCACGAUCUGGUUCGGCUCACAGCAACCAGAACAACAUGGGACCGCCCCUCUGGCCCGCAUCUGCCCUGAAGCAUCGUCCAAGCACCCCUGGACAAAGUGUGCACUCGCCUUCUCUUCGGGCUGGCACACCCCGUGCUGCUCGAAACCCCGUUAGCUAUGGCGAGCUUGGAAGACAAUCACCAUCCAAGCUUACAGCCACAUCGCGAAAGUCAUCAGUCUCGUCAUUCGCCUCAGAGCUCGAUACCCGCUUUAACAUUCGUCCUGGCGAGAUGGGUAUGGACCCCGCUGGAUUUGGUCCCAACACUGAUCCCCGCAUGAUCCAGGCCAUCACCCAAACCAUGAUUGGUGAGUAUCUGUGGAAGUACACUCGCAAGACAGGCCGUGGGGAGAUGUCAGAGAACCGACACCGUCGUUACUUCUGGGUUCACCCUUACACCAGGACGCUUUAUUGGAGUGACCGAGAUCCUUCAACUGCUGGACGCACAGAGUUGAAGGCCAAGAGUGUUCCCAUCGAGGCGGUUCGUGUCGUUACCGACGAUAACCCCAGCCCUCCAGGACUCCACCGCAAGAGCUUGGUCAUCAUCUCUCCUGGCCGAACUAUCAAGUUUACCUGCACGACCGGACAGCGACAUGAGACAUGGUUUAACGCUCUCUCGUAUCUGCUGCUUCGCACUAAUAAUGAACAUGCCAAUGUCGAGGAUAUGGCAGAGAACUUCACUCGUGAAGAUGUCGAUGAGUUCAACCCUCAAUUCGGACAGCGCGCUAGUAAUGCAACACGCCCAGGAGCUGCACCGUCUCUGUCAUCUUACCAUUCCCGAACAACCCGCAACGAGUCACCCGCUGUUGGAACGUCCAUGAAUAUUCCGACUCUGACACCCAAGGCGCAGCCACAGCGCCCCGCUGGAACGCUAAGCAAAUUGAGCGGUUACUGGAAAGGUAGCCAGCUGUCUGGCACUUUCUCAACCCUUCGUGGCCGGGGUCCCAGCGCACAGAAUGUUCAUAUCUACGAGGCUAGUGAGGCACAUGAUAGUGCUGAGGAUGUGAGGGAGAUUAUCGAGCGGCAGGAUAGGGAUGCUGACCGUCUCGAGAAUGUCCGCGCAUGCUGCGAUGGCAAGCAUGAUGUUGGAACCCUCCACCAUUUCUCUAAGCGAGGCCGUCCUGGCAACAAUCACGCGCACUCUACGCACUCUCAACCUGGGCUCACCCACUCUCAUACUACCAUGUCUUCUGUACGCUCUCGAGUUUAA